AUGCUAUCCUCUUAUCGAUCUCCCAAGUCAUGGAUGUCCCUCCUGACGCCGUUGCUGGGGGCCCAGGUGGCCCUGGCAUCGAUCGAACUGAAUCUAGGCGAUGAUAAUUCCAUCAAGAAAGCCGCCAGCCAGGCCGCCUAUGGCAUGGUAUCCUACUACACCGGAAACCACACUGGAGAUGUUCCCGGUAACCUGCCAGACCCUUACUACUGGUGGGAAGCUGGCGCGAUGUUUGGCGCCCUCAUAGACUACUGGUACUAUACCGGCGACGACUCCUACAACAAGAUCACAAUGCAGGCGAUGCUUCACCAGGUCGGAACGGAAGUCAACUACGAACCUCGCAACCAAAGCCGCAGUCUUGGUAACGAUGACCAGGCCUUCUGGGCGAUGAGUGCAAUGAGUGCCGCCGAGAACAAGUUCCCCAACCCGCCGCCGGACAAGCCGCAGUGGCUGUACCUCGUCCAGGCGGUCUUCAACCGUCAAGCAGCCCGCUGGGACAAUGACACCUGUGGCGGAGGUUUACGAUGGCAGAUCUUUACGCUCAACAAUGGUUACCACUACAAGAACGCGAUUUCCAACGGUGCUUUCUUCCACAUGGCUGCACGUCUGGCGAGAUAUACUGGCAACGAGACCUAUUCCAACUGGGCUGAGACCUCAUGGGAAUGGAUGACCGCUGUCAAACUUAUCAGCCCAACAUACCAGAUCUUCGAUGGAACCGAUUCUGCCGAUAACUGCUCCGGAAUCAACCAUAUUCAGUGGACCUACAACAAUGGUAUCUUGCUCCUCGGCGCUGCUCACAUGUACAACCACACUAAUGGAGACGCCAAAUGGAAAAAGCGUCUGGACGGCCUCAUCGAGGGAGCUAAGGUUUUCUUCUCCCAGAAAGAGCCCAUGGGCGUCAUGAUCGAAGUCGCUUGCGAAGCCCAAGGAAACUGCAACAAUGAUCAGCGUUCAUUCAAGGCAUACAUGAGCCGCUGGAUGGCCGCAACCAUGCUUGUUGCUCCCUACACCGUGGAUAUUCUUAAUCCCCUAAUCAAGGCAUCCGCAAAGGCAGCAGCCCUUCAGUGCAACGGCCCAAACAACGCCUGUGGUCUCUACUGGAACAAGGGAGCGGACUGGGGCACCUCCAAGACCGGAGUUGGCGAACAGAUGUGUGCUCUGGAAGUCUUCCAGGCCAACCUUUGGAAAAAUAAGCAGAGCACUGGUCCCGCAAACAGCAAGACAGGUAUAAGUGAAGGUGACCCCGAUGCUGGUAUCGGCCAAGGUACCACCAUGAAGCAGCCAUCCGAAAUCAAUUCCGGAGACAGAGCAGGUGCCGGUAUCCUGACCACUCUCAUCCUCCUGGGAAUUGCAGGAGGCGUAUGGUGGAUGGUAUCAUAA